AUGAAGAUCACCCUAGUACUCGUAAUCCUUGCCACCUUCCUCGGCUGUGCGAUGAUCCACCAGUCGGAGGCGGCCUCCUCCCCCACGACCACUUCUGCCACGGCCACCACCACUACUUCCGCCUCGGCCACCACCACUACAUCCGCCGCGGCCACCACCACUACUUCCGCUUCGGCCACCACCACAACUGCAGCCUCAUCCAGCAGUGAAAAAAAGAAGAAGACUGUCAUUCACACUAAGCGGAGGACCAAAAAUUCCAAGAAAAUAACGAAAGUCAUGAGGAGAAGGGGUCGCAAGAGUCGCAGCAGUAGGAACCGCAGAUCGGAAGAAUAA